GCGAGUCCGUUAGAUUUAGAACGUUGUUGAUUAACAACGCUGAAUGUGAAACGGAAACAUUUGGCUUCUUGUUAUUGACAACCACCACAAAACAUUUACGAAGCACGCAUUUAUCUAGAGGUACAAUGAAGAAACGGACAAGAGCAUCCGUGAAUAACUUAAUCUAAUUUUAGUGAUGACGUACCACACAUCGCCUCAAAGCAAGAGUGAAGUUAUUUUUAGUCAGGCCACAUCCAUUACUGCCUGCCAGUCGCCUUCUGUGUGUUUGUCCCACUGAUACAACAGAACCGCCAGUGCUUCAUCGUCUGUCCUGUGCGCUGCCCUUUAAUAUCACACUAAAAUGAGACAACCCAACACACACCAUCCGCGUUUAUGUGCGCCUGCAGCAUUUUUUGAGCACCGGAAGAUCAGGCCUUGUGCCCCGUUGGUGCUGUCAGCUGUGACAGUUCCCAGAUGGAGGCCGCUACUGUAUGAGAGAUUGAGUUUCUCGCGGAAAAAAAAGAAAAGAGAAAAGAGAAAACCUCCCUCUCUCCAUCCAAACCGUCCUCCCAAAGUCUCUGCAGGCACUUGUGCGCCCUGGCGCUGCGGAGAGGAGCCACCGCGAUUUCCAAUUCUGCACCGCUUCCAUGAGAGAAACCCCACGUCUUUCCAAAUCAAACACAUCGGAUAUUCAAGGACAGACAUGGCUGCCUCGGAUGAUUAAUGAAUCUAGAGGACUCCAGUUGGAAAAGUUGUCCCAAAGCAGAAACAAUGAAGCUCAGCCAAAAACAAUCAGUCAAAAAAAGCCUUUAAAUAUGCUCUGAAUAGAGCUGAGCUGAGCCAUUCACUCACAACCCAGCACUACACACAGGAGAACACACACACACAGGAUCAUAAAAUGAAAGUGUUACUUCUUGCGGCUAUUCUCCUACUUGGGCUACAUGCUGGUGCUGCUCAUCCCUCAAAUCGCUGGUCAUGCUACAGAAAGGCGCUGAAGGACAGAAACUGUCAUAAUGUUGCCAGUGGACUUGAAAUGAUGAGGGCUAUUGACUCCCUACAGAACCAUUACUGGGAGGGCAAGAGCUGUGACAUGGUCUGCUACUGCAAUUUCAGUGAGCUGCUCUGCUGCCCCAGGGAUAUCUUCUUUGGGCCAAAAAUAUCCUUUGUGAUCCCCUGUGAUACCUCUGAGGCUGGGCUCUGAGAGGACGGAACAUUUCUCGCCAUAAAAACAUACAACAGAAUAUCAUUCGAAAAUGAGUAACAUUCAGUGCUAAUUCUGCUUGACUGCAUCAGAGUGAAAAAAUGUGGAUUACAAAUGUCCACCUCUCUAGUUAAAUGUACAGUCUAAUUUGCCUCACAGCCCUUUUGUUCAGUGACUGUGAUAGUUUACAAUAUACGUAUCCAAUCCUGCCUCUUUUUGCCCUGCAGGGUUGAGUUCAAUCCCUAAUACAACUAAUCUGAUCCGUGUAAAUAAUGUCUUCAUAAGCAUUUGAAUAUUAGAGCCAGGUGUAUUGGAUUAGCAUGGGAACUACAGCGCCAGCUCUCCAGAUGUAUAGAUGAAUAGGUUCAGUGCUAAAAUCAACUGUAACAUGUGGAGCCUACAAAGACCAUCACAACUGCCAUUUAUGAAAUCUAUUCAAAGCCUGGUCUGGCAGCGGCCCAGUGUGAGCAAGAAAAGUGUGCUCUUUUCUCGCUCACACUGGGCUCAGGAUGCUGAUUUUUCAGUCUUGCAUGCUGCAAACUGUAAGGGUUUGGACAUUCCAAAUAAAGUGUACAAUAUUGAAUGUA